AUGGCUCCCACUAUUGUCCUCAUCACCGGUGCCAACCGCGGCAUUGGCAGAGGUAUCUUAGAACUGUACCUCAAGAAGCCCGAUCACACCGUCAUCGCUGCGAACCGUGACCCAAGCCACGCAAGCUCCCUUGCUCUGGCUGAUCUACCCAAGGCUGAGGGUACUACGCUGCAAGUCAUCAAGAUCGACGCUCUCUCUCCUACUGAUCCCGCUGCGGGUGUGGAGACUCUAGCCGCCAAGGGAAUCACCCACAUCGACAUCCUAAUCGCCAACGCCGGUAUUGCUCUUUCUUGGCCAAAGGUCACUGAAGUCCAGAUUGCCGAUAUCCAGAAGCACGUCGAUGUCAAUAUCUAUGGCUUUGUCCGCCUCUAUCAGGCUUUCCGACCCCUCCUCAAGGAUGCCCAGGCUCCUAAAAACUUCAUUCCUAUGCAAAAUGCUGCUUAUGCUCCUACAAAGGCUGUUCAGCACUGGUACACUAAGGCAAUCUCUGUUGAAGACUCCUGGUUGAACGCCUUCCCCAUUGAUCCUGGCUGGGUUCAGACUGAUAUCGGCAACCGAGGUGCCGAAGCUUUCAGCUUCGAGAAGGCUGCUGUGACCAUCGAAGACAGUACCACUGGCCUCGUCAAGAUCAUUGAUGAGUCUACCUUGGAGACUCACAGUGGCAAGCUGUUCAAGUUUGACGGCAGUGAGGAGCCUUGGUAG